ACAGAUGAAGAAAUUUAUGCAAAAGUUAAACCCAAAGGUAAAAAUGAUCGUGAUCGUGGAAAGGGAGUAAGUCCGUCCAUUACUUCCUUGUUUGGGUCGUUUAGUGAAGGAGAGAAAUUUCGCAAAGAGGCUGAAGAGGCAAAGAAGGAAGCUAAUGAGGCUAAAAAAGAAGCUCACGAAGCUAAGGCAAAAAAUAAAAUGCUCACUAAGGAGGUGAAAAUUUUCAAAAAAGAAGUAAGAAUUAUGAAGGGUGUUAUGGGGAAGUUUUUCAACCUUAUGGGAGGCGAUUUUUCAAAGUUAUUUUUGAAUGAGGUUGAAAAGGAGCAUAAAAAAGUCCAUGAUGAUGAUAGUAGUGAUGGUGAUGGUGAUGAUGAUGAUGAUGAUGAUGGUGGUGAUGAUGAUGACAAUGAUGAUGAUGAUGAUGAUGGUGACGAUGAUGAUCGUGAUGAUUGUGAUGAUAGUGAUGCUGAUGAUGAGGAAUGAACUUUCUUAAACAUUUAUUUUAGCUUGUAGACAUACUUUGUCCCAUCUUAAUGUUUUUAGUAGUUGCUAAAUUAACUCUAGCUAGCUAGUUUCUUUUUUUCUUAAGUUGUGGAGGUGCAGAUGAGAUUGAACAAAUUAAACAAUGUACUGGUGCAGUUACUCUUUAAGUAAUUAAUUUAAGCUAAAUUUUGACUUUCUAUAUUA